CUUAUAUAUUGGUCCGUGGGGCUGAAACGGCGCAUGGCGUCGCCCGAGACAAGCGUCGUGCUGCCCAAGGUCGCGACGAGCAGCGUGCAGUGGAGUCCCGCCAAGCUCGCGUCGCGGGAGACGACCUUGUUUCGCUCCAUCCAGGAGAUUGACGCCCAGCGAACGCUCCUCCUCAACAAGGCCCGGCGCCGGUGCCAGUCGACGCCGGCGUUGCAGCGCUCGCCUCUUGCGUCGCCAACCAAGAAGCCGCCACGUAUCGUCGAGGACCACAUUUUGUGUAGCUGCGGCAAUGACGUGGCGUUGCGCCAGCUCAAGCACCACCAGGCCGUCGAGUGCUCGCACCGUCUCAUUGCAUGUCCCCACCACGGGUGCGACGCCUGCGUGCCCGCCCACGCGCUCCCCGCGCACGAAACCUCGACGUGUCUCGUCUACCGCCACACGCGACAGCUUCUAGACGCGCACCAUAUCAAGGCGACGCUCUCCGUGUGCUGUCUCGCGUGCGAGGUCGAGGUGCCGCUGCGGCUGCUGGCUGCGCACACGGCGCUCGAGUGCGCCAUGCGGCGGGUGCCGUGCCCUCACGCGUCGCUGGGCUGCGCCGAGACGAACCUGGUGUAUCGGCACCUCGAGAACCACUUUGCAACCACGUGCUGCGUCGCCAAGCACCGAGCAGCGAUGCUCGAGGCCUCCAAGACCGUCAACGACGUGGUCCAUUGCGACUGGUGCAACGAGCCCGUGAAGAAGCGCCACAUGACGGACCACAAGGAAGACGCGUGCUUGAUGCGCGAGCGGCCAUGUCCCAACUGGCCCCUCGGGUGCCGCGAGUGGGUCCCCGUCGGCGCGUUUGUCGAGCACAUGCGCACUGUCUGCAGUGUUACGAUCGGCCGGCACGAGCUCGCCAAGCGCGCGGCGAUCAAGGACGGCCAUGUGCCGUGUCGCGAGUGCGGUGACGAGGUGCCCCUGCGCAAGCUGCCGCAGCACGCUCGCGUGUCCUGUCCCGCACGGCUCGUCCUCUGCGCCAACGCCGUGCACGGCUGCAAGGCGACGCUCAAGUUCCGCGAUCGCCAUAUCCACGAAGACGUCAACGUGUCGCCCGAGGCGCGGGCGGUGCUGCGCUUCAACACACGGCAGGGCUACGUCCGCCUUGACGGCGGCGACGACCGCAAGCCGCCGUGGUGCGCCGAGUUCUGGGUCCACCUCUUCUCCAAGGCCGACGACGUGCUGCAUUUUAUGUCGGAUGCACUGCGAUGGCAAGCGACGCUGCGAGCUACGUUUCCGCGCCUCGAUGGUUGCAUCGCCGAUGAGAAAGCGCUCAAGGAGCGCAUCAAGACGGCCGUGCUGCGGACCAAGGGCAGCAAAGACGAUAGCGAACUGACGCAGCUACAGGCUCAAGCACAGCUUGUCGACGAAGGGAUCUCGGGCUGCAAGUCGAUCAUCGCCGAGGCGAAUGCACGCAUCUUUUCACUCGUCUCGGACGCCGCAACGCUUGUCAUGUCCAUCCAUGACAUUGCCGAGCGUGCGAGUCUCUCGGACCAAGUGCGUGCUCAAGCUCAGGUGCUUCAGCCGUCGUGGUCCAAGGCCGACUUGGAUUUGUAUGGACACGUCGAGCAUUGGCUCGCAGCGCUCAAGACCGCCGCCGCGACCGCCAAAACCAACGAGACGCCCCAUGCCAAACUGAUCAAGAAGCGCCUUCAGCUGCUGCAGGCGAUUGAGGACCACGAGCGAUCGCGCCCGACCGAUGUUCGAGAGAGCGCGCGGUUCCUGAAACAAGCCAAGAAGGAGCUCAGUCGCCUCGACGACAAGCUCGCGACGCACGUCGACGUACCGCUGACGCUCGCGCAGUCGCCGAUUGGAUUUCAUACGAUCGCCGGGUCCAAGGCCGCCGGCAUCCACCUCGUCAUGGUCGCUGGCGCCGGUGUGGGCGUGCAUACGUUCGACACCAAAGCGCGCUUCAAGGCCGAGCUCCCGCGGGAGCGCUGGGUGCACAUGGCCCUCAACGCAUCCGCGACCUCCGUGCAGCUCGUGCUCGAUGGGUCAGUCGUCGACGAGCGCCCUGGCACGUUCCACCUCCCCAUGGAAACGCUAGGAGCCACCGAAAAGUCGUUCCGCGGGCAUCUGCAGGAAGUGCGGUACUGGACGACGACCCGGACGCCGUCCGAGAUCUCGGCGUCCAUAGGAACGACGCUGAAUCUUGUCCCGACGCUGCAAGGCUACUGGACGCUCGAAGAGGGCAUGGGUCCGUUCAUCGAAGAUGUGAGCGGCCACUUGCCUCGAGGCCCCGCGUUCAACACAUAUUGGAGCCACUACACGACGGCGACGCUCCAGCGCCUCGGGGACCCGCCGACGCCGUCGUUCCGGCAACGCCACAUGUGCGCGGUCGUCGUGCGGCGCAACUUUCUCGCCCACAAGCAUGCGACGCGAGAGGUGGCAGGCGACUGCAGCCUCGGUUGCGGUCUCCACCUGCCGCUGACCGCGAUGGACCACCAUGUCCGAUGCGACUGCCCACAGCGGAUGGACGUCUGCGCCGCGCCGGGCUGCGGCCGAACCUUCAAGGUGUCGCGCGGCCACCACUGCCGCGUCACGCAACGCCGCAACGACCUCGCCGCCGAGUACGCUCGCAAGCACGAGCUGGUCGAGUGUCCGUUUGGCUGCGGUGAAAGCAUCAUUCGCCAAGAUGUACCGCGGCACCGCAAGCUCGACUGCUCGUGCCGGUUCGUCCUGUGCCUCAACGACGGCUGCGGUCGGUCCUACAUCCAGCGCAACGCCAAGUGGCAUGUCGCGCACGACUGCGACGCGCCUCAUGUGGUCGCAAAGCGCGCCAUGGUGCAGCGGUCGCGGCAGCGCCAGGCAGCGACACCAAGCGCCGCGUGCAGCCGAGGCACGCCCUUGUCGCCGCCUCGACCUCCGCGACGACCCGUCACAACCACUCUACCCACUGACCCCAGUCCCUUGCCUCGCCGCGCAUCGACCACCCACGCCACUUGAAACAUUGAAACAUUUGAAACCUCG